UAGCCCGGGCUGUCCAUUGGUCGUUCGUCGGCAUCUACGUAGACUUGAGUUUCAUACUUUCGUAGUAAACGUAUUACCGCAAGACACUAUAGACUGUGAAAUUGUGAUAAUUUCUGUGCGUCUUUUUUAUAAAUAAUAGGGUGUGCUGUGAUUUAUAUACCUUUUUUAUACAUACUUAUUAAUUUAAGACUAAAGUGAUUUAACACUACUUUUUUACACCUGCGGUACUUUACAGUAGAUGUUGUGAUUUUUGUUUUUGUGAUAUUAAUUGUGCGACAAUGGCAGACAAUUCAAAAUUGACCGAUGAGGAGUUAGCCGACAUAAGGGAACAGUUUUCACAGCUGGACACAAGUGGCAACGGCAGUAUUGACUUGAAGGAACUGAAAGAAGCAUUAGACAGCGUUGGAUACAAAAUUCCACAUUGGAAGGUUCGCUGUAUGAUCGAAGAGUAUUACGAUAAUGGUGGUAAGAGCGGUCGUGGCGUCAACGGCAGCAUGAACGGCGAUGCGAGGAAGAAUGGCAUCUCUCUCACAGAAUUCGAAGAACUAUGCGCCAAUCUCAAAGCACAGCAGGUCUCUAGCACAUUCAAACAGGCAGUCAGUAAAAAAGAGAACCUUGAACACUUGGGCGGUAUGAGCGAAGCGUCCAGCGAUGGAACAACACACUCGGUUCGUCUCGAAGAACAGAUGGCGUUCUCUGGCUGGAUAAAUAGCAACCUGGAACACGAUCCAGACUUAAAACAUUUACUGCCCAUCGACCCAGAAGGCAAACAGCUGUACGAAAAGCUAAAAGACGGUCUUAUUCUAUGCAAAGUGAUCAACCACUCUUGCCCAGACACAAUUGACGAGAGAGCCAUCAACAAGAAGAACCUUACCCUCUACACCAAGCACGAGAACCUCACCCUGGCCCUGGUCUCGUCCCAGGCUAUUGGUUGUAAUAUUGUUAAUAUCGAUGCCCACGAUCUAGCUAAAGGCAAACCUCAUUUGGUGCUCGGUCUUUUAUGGCAAAUCAUUCGCAUCGGUCUCUUCAACCAGAUCACACUGGAACACUGUCCUGGUCUCACAGAACUGCUCAACGACCAGGAACGCAUCGAAGAUCUUCUAGCUCUGUCUCCAGAAGCAAUCCUUCUCCGCUGGGUCAAUCACCAGUUGCAGAGCGCUGGUGUCACGAGACGCUGUACCAACUUCCAGCAGGACGUAGCUGAUUCAGAGAUUUACUCGUAUCUGCUUAAACAGAUCGCACCUGAUGAUGCUGGAGUCACACUUGAUGCCCUACGGGAGUCCGAUCUGCUCCGUCGUGCGGAGGUGAUGCUGCAGCAGGCCGCCAAGCUGCGCUGUCGUGCUUUCGUGACGGCCGCGGACGUUGUGGGCGGAGUCUACAAACUGAACUUGGCCUUCGUGGCCAAUCUCUUCAACCAGCAUCCUGGCCUGCAGCGACCAGCCGCAGACAACGACACAUACCACCAGCUGGAUGAGACACGAGAGGAGAAGACGUACCGUAACUGGAUGAACUCGAUGGGCGUGGCGCCGCACGUCAACUGGCUGUACUCCGACCUCACCGACGGCCUCGUCAUCUUCCAGCUCUAUGACAUCAUCAAACCCGGUAUCGUCAAUUGGAAGAAGGUGCAUCGUCAAUUCUCUAAACUUCGCAAGUUCAUGGAGCGACUUGAGAACUGCAACUAUGCAGUGGAGCUCGGGAGACAACUCGGUUUCUCAUUAGUUGGUAUCGCUGGAGCUGACAUUAAUGAGGGGAACGCUACACUUACACUUGCGCUCAUCUGGCAGCUGAUGCGCGCGUACACGCUGUCGGUGCUGACGCGGCUCGCCAACACCGGCAACCCCAUCAUCGAGCGCGAGAUCGUGCAGUGGGUCAACACCAAGCUCAAUUCCGCCGGAAAAACAUCCUCCAUCAAGAGUUUCCAGGAUGAAGUACUAGCAGAUGGCAAGGUGGUGCUGGACUUGAUAGAUGCCAUCAAACCUGGAGCCAUUAAUUAUGACCUCGUACUCCACGGUGGUACUGAGGAGGACAAACUAGCGAACGCGAAGUACGCGAUCUCGAUGGCGCGGCGCUGCGGCGCGCGCGUGUACGCGCUGCCCGAGGACAUCACGGAGCGGAAGCCCAAGAUGAUCAUGACGGUGUUCGCCUGCCUCAUGGCGCUCGACUACAUCCCCACCAUGGACGCGCCCACGCAGCCGUCUGGCGUACAAGUUGUAGAAAACAGUGAUGAUCAAGUAACAUUUCUAGAUAAUAACUUGGAAUCCGUCGAAGUUGUGGAGAACGCUGAAGAUAAUGAGGUGAUCGAUGACUCGGGUUUAAGAGUUCAAAUUGUCGAAAAACCAAUGUUACCGCCAAAACCAGAAAAUUUGUCGCCAUUACCACGAUCCAUUUCUAUUUCCUCCGCCAAGGAGGAAUUGUAAUACCAAAUAUUUACGAACAUUUUUUAUCGAUAAUUGAAAGAAUAGUUUUAUUUUUUUAUGAUUAUUUAUUGACAAUAUUAUAUAUUAAGUUUACGAGGAUGUUACAUUUUGUAUAAUAUGUAAGUUAAUAACUUUAUUGAGUUUUUCUAAAGUUAUCGAAAUGC